AUGGUUGCCUUUCAUUGUAUUCAAGCUCUAAGGUUCCCAUCAAGAACCCAUGUUUCCUUUCCUAUUGGUGAUUACAAUAGAGAUAGUGUUAUCAUGAAGAAGCAAAGGGGUCAUCUAGUUUUUGCUUCUGCUGACAAAAAAUCUGAUAAAGAACUCUAUCUUCAGUCAAAGGUUGAGACAUUGUUGGACAGUAUAAAAUGGGACGAAAAAGGUUUGGCGGUGGGAAUAGCUCAAAAUAUUGACACAGGAGCAAUAUUAAUGCAAGGCUUUGUGAACAGCGAUGCACUAGCCACAACAAUUUCCUCUCAGAAGGCAACAUUUUACAGUAGGUCACGUUCAGCACUUUGGACAAAAGGAGAAACGUCAAAAAAUUUCAUCAAUGUUCAUGACAUCUUUCUUGAUUGUGACCGGGACUCUAUAAUUUACCUUGGGAAGCCGGAUGGACCUACCUGUCACACAGGGUCAGAAACAUGUUAUUACACAUCAGCUCUUGACUUCUUAGAAAAUAAACAGGUUGAGGGAACUAAGUUGGCAUCUACAACUUUGUACUCAUUGGAAAACACCAUUACCCAGCGCAAUGCUAAAUUAGCAUUGCCACAAACUGGAAAACCCUCUUGGACUAAACGAUUACUACUCGAUCACGACUUACUCUGCUCAAAAAUCAGGGAAGAGGCAGAUGAAUUAUGCCGAACACUAGAGGAGAAUGAGGACAACACACGUACUGUCUCUGAGAUGGGGGAUGUACUUUAUCAUGCAAUGGUUCUAAUGGCCGUUAAAGGUGUAAAAUUAGAAGAGGUGCUAGAAGUUCUACGGAAGAGAUUUUUUCAGUCAGGUAUCGAGGAAAAGAGAAGUCGAAGUCGCGGGCAGGCAAACUAG